GCUUUGACAUCAGCGAAAAUAUUUCAAAAUCCACGAAUUCCUUUUUAUUAAUUGAAAGCAGCAAACCUCAAAAGAAGUACAGGAGCAUUUGAUUACAAAAACUUAUUUGCAAAUAAUUUCGGAUAUAGUAACAUACUGAAGAAUUCUGUAAAUUUAUUUACUAUCGCAUUUUAAAACUAAUUCCAUUUAAAGGAAUAACCACAUUGUAAAAAUUAAUGCUAUUAUCAUUUGCAGAUAAUAAUUAAAGUAUAUAAAAAUGGCUCGCGGACAUCAAAAGGCACAAUCUCAGGCGAAGGCCCAAGAAAAACAAGCCAAGUUAAAAAAACAACAAGGACAUAGUGCCAAUGACCAAAAGAAGGCUGCACAAAAAGCGCUUGUGCAUGUUUGCGCAGUUUGCAAGUCUCAAAUGCCUGACCCAAAAACGUACAAACAACACUUUGAGAACAAGCAUCCUAAAAAUGAUAUGCCACCAGAGUUAAAAGAUGUGUAAAAUAGGAGAUUUAUUGUAUUUAUCGGCGUAGCAGUUGAUCUAAUUGACAUUUCUGAAAUAAUAAAUAAAUGUUAAAAUAAUAAGCGGCUUAACGAUUAUAUUUACACCAUUGACGAUUCGUUCAUGCGCUGAUAAAUCUUUUUUAUAUGUUCUUACACAACAAAUAUUUUCUUUUUAUCUUGUACAAUUAUUGAAAUGUGACCAAAAUGCGCUCGGAGGUAAAAAAAAAAAUUAUGUGCAAAUAUGUAAUAGGCCAAAUACCUGCCCACCCACGCAAAGGGUCUCGUUACUGUUGUGUUGCAUUGCUUCUGGUAACUAAUAUAAAAUUUAUAGUUGUUAACAUUAAAUAAGCAGUUUCAUUAAAUUUUUUUAUUUUACAAUUAUACAUAAAUUUAAAUAAAAUACUACUCGAUUUUUUGGCAUUGCAUGAUGAUAUUUAUAAGUUAAUAUAUAUGUAUGUGUAAGAAUAUUCGUAAUGAAUUUUUAUAAAUGUGUAAUUACAAAAAAAAAAAGAGAACAAAACCUAUAAUCCGAUUUGUUUAAUGGGUAAUAAAAUCGCAAAAAAAAUGUAUUUAGUAUUGAAUCACACAAACACAUACAUGCAUACAUACAUAAAUAUAUAUACACAAUUUUGUACUAUGUAAGUUGCAUAUCAAUGAUAUGGCAAUUACUCCCCACAUUGGCACAUACGUAUUUCCCUCCUGUGUAAAUUUGCCUAUGUAUUUUAACGUAGAAAAAUUAUGUUGUAAUUAAUAUAUGAGGAAAUUUAAUAAACAUUAUUUAAAUUAACAA